UGUUUUUCACAUUAACAUUCAGCGGGCAUUUCAAACUUAAGCUAAACAGCAUGUUUAGUGCACGACGCGACGCAGCGACACGACGCGACGCAGCGACACGUUGUGAAGAGUCCUGCACGAGGUAUGAAACGUCCAUACAGCCCCUCACUCCUGCCCAACUCCGAGCUGGACAGGAGGGCGUUUGGCUUCGGGCUGGAAGUGCAGAUUGACGGCGAGUCUCGCUACCACGCCCGGGAUGAGGAUGCACGACCAGAUGAGCAGUCACCAGGGGGCGCCCUGCCUUCUGCACUCUGCAGACCCAAAAGGGAGAGAAAGCAGCGGAGCUACACAAUGUGUGAGGUCUGCAACAUCCAACUCAACUCUGCCGCACAGGCCCAGAUCCACUACAGCGGCAAAUCCCACCAGAAGAGACUCAAGCAGAUCCGUAAUGGGAAGAUGCCAAGUAAGACAGGUACGUCGGCCCAGGGCAACCCUCUUCUGGCUUCCCUGCCUAUGCCGGGGCGGCAUCUGCAGCCUCAGCUCAACCUCAAACAUCUCCUGCCCUUCAGACUCAAUGGAUCCUCCCCCCUCAACCUCUUCCCUAACUUUAAUACGAUGGACCCUGUCCAGAAGGCAGUGAUCAACCACACGUUCGGUGUCCCUCAGCCCCUCAAGAAGAAACAGAUUAUCUCCUGCAACAUUUGCCACCUGCGCUUUAACUCAACGAACCAAGCAGAGGCACACUAUAAGGGCCACAAGCACACCCGGAAGCUCAAAGCCAUGGAGUCCCAGAAGAACAGGCAGCGACGAGCCGGGGACGGCUCAUCCACAAGACGGGAGAGAGACCGGGAACGAGAUCGGGAAAGGAAAAAGACGUCCACCAAAGAGGCAGCUCUUCCCAUGCUCAUGGAUACAAGCUCAGUGGAGAGAGCAAGUCUUCAAUCUGACCAAGAACCAGCCAACCUGGUGACGAAGCUUUACGAGAGUUCCAGGAGCUCACUUAUGCUGACGCCAGUAUCCGAGGUUUCCUCUGUGGAGUUGGUCACCCUUUCCUCUCAUCAGAUUUCGCCUUCCUCACAGCUCUCGGAGACAGCCUCAGACAGCAGCGCCACAGAAGUCACUGAAGCUAUUGAGGCUGCGGGCACGAUCACUCAGUCAGGCAUCGUAAGCGUGUCCAUCGUAAAGGAGGAUCUGCGUACGGAUGAGGACCCUGACUCCAAGAAGAGCAAGGCUCACCUCCAUUGUCCUGUCUGUAAAGUCACAGUCAACUCCACCUCCCAGCUGGAAGCACAUAACAGCGGUACGAAGCACAAGCUGAUGCUGGAAGGUCACAGCGUUCUGCCUCGGCGCAGGGGGAAGGUGUUGGCAGCUCGUGCGGGCUGCAAGAGCAAGAGGCUGGCUAGCAAAGGCAGCGUCGGGGUGCCCAGCAAGAACUUUCAGUGUGAAGUGUGUGAGAUCUUUGUGAACUCUGAGACCCAGCUUAGCCAACACAUGAAUAGCAGAAGGCACAAGGAUAGGCUGGCCGGAAAACCACCCAAACCCAAAUUUACCCCCCACAGCAAGAGCCAGCCGAGCACCAGCUUAGCGAACGUGAGAUGGAGUAGCUAUGCAGGCGUGGCUGUGUCUGCCAUGAAGAAAGCGUUCAGCCAGUACAAUCUCACCUCCCUCUCCAUGCAGUCUCACCGUUUCCCCUCCUGUCCUCUGCAGACCAAACUGGCCUUGCAAAAGCAUCUGACCAAGAGCUUGACAGCUGGCUUCCUGCCCAGCCCGCUCAACCAGCCAACUCUGUGCACAAUGGCGACUAACCCACUGGCUCUGCGCCACCCAGUGGGCACCACCACCUUCAUCCAGAACCCCUUCCUGGGCCCUGCACUGUUUCGGCCUGCCCCGGGGCCGCUGCGGGCCACGCACGCACCCAUCAUCUUCUCCCCUUACUAAAGACUCAACCCACUUCCCAUCUGAGCUCCACCCUCGUCCCUUUACCAAACCCCAGGCCCUCCUUUAGUGUGACCCACAUGACAAGGCCACACGCACACUAUGCAGCCCGCCUGACUUACAUUGGAAAGAGUGCACAAGUCCUGAUGCUCAGGAGGCCAUUAUAGGCCUGAGAGCUGUUCCUAUCAUAAAGGCCAAGACCCCCGCCCCCCCUCCCCCCAUCAUGCCUUCUUUCUGCUCCUCUUAUCAUGACCUAAGGAGCAGGACAGGCCUCCAGACAGUGACUGGUGCACAGAGGCCGCUUUUAUAGCCAUUUCAUGGGUCAUCAUGGUUUGGAUUAUGGAUAUUAUCGUGUAAUUUAUUAGAGAACAAAUAUAGACAUGUCUAGAUGUUUAGUGUGGUUGCCACAAAAUAAGGUCCCUUUACUUGAUGCUCUUUUAAAACGUUUUUAAAGUUAUUGGUUUGGGGGUUUCACGAAAGUCGGGAGGAUCAAAAGUCAUUAAAGCAGUUGAGGCAUCGUCCUGUUAUCAACUAACACGCUUAAAGGAUCAUCUGAGGUCUGUUUAUCUUUGAUAUGGCAUCUAUGAGUCCUCACUGUGGGUGGUAUGUGAAGCUAUAACUGUGUGUCCAUAUAUUUAACCCCCCCCCCCCCCCCCCCCCCCCAUUUUGCACCUCUAGCUGUUUUCUCAAGCCCUUAACUGGUCACUUUUCCUUCUGAGUCACAGCCACAGUCAUAGCCCUCAAGAUUUGUUUCCCUUUCCUGUAUCCUCAGGAUCUCGCUCUCAUUAAGAUCAAGAGAAGGUCAGCUUGUCAACUUGACUUUGUUUCAAUGAUUUAGUUCAUGCAAUGCAGCUUUAACACCAUGUCCUCGCCAAAGCUAACAGCAGCUAUGGAUGUCUUACGUUGCAAAAUGCCAUUAUUUCUUCUUUUCCUUCCUCCUCUUCUUCGCUGUCACUUCGCUGUUGCCCUUGGUUUUUUUCAUGCGGCGUGAUGAUAAUGAUGAUCGGGGAAGAAAGGUUCCCGCCCAGCACACGCACACACAAUUAGACUUGAUUUCAGAGCUUGGUGAAAAGUUUGAAUGACGGUGGGGGGGGGGGGGGGUGAUUGACAUCCUGUUGCAGCGUCGACGCACAGCGUGGGAGGGAACAAAGCACAGUGCCAUGGCAACCACAUUAAAAGCGUCUUAAAACUGAUUUACUUACAAAAGCAAUGAAAAUGGUGUUGAUAUUCGCCUUUGUUUGGCCCCAGGUGUUUGUUUGUACAAUCCCAUUUCUGUUUCAUUUGAAAGAAAAAAAACAAAAAAAAACAAUCAGGUGAGAACAACCACAUUAUGGUUUAUCAAUAAGUCUCACAUUUAAAGCAAUACAUUCAGUAAGUUUGUGUUUAUGAUGUGUUUUCAGUGUGUCGAUGGCUUUAUCUAUUCUAUACUGUACACACCUGUAACCAUGUAUUAUGUGCUCCAACACAGCCAAGGGUCCACUCUGAGCGGAGGGUUGUAAGGGCCUCCAUGCUCGAUGCUCAUGGUCCGUCUCCACAUGUUGCGACUCUAUGCCGAGCCGCUCCACUUGCAGCGGCUCCCGCGCUGCCCGAGAGGCUGCUUCAGCGCCAUAUGACAUUGCUGUUUCACUUUCCAGUGGAGCGGGAGAACUUUUGUAUGACUUCCACUGAGCAAAACAACGUUACGUCAGAGACAAGUGUUUGGGAUAAGUGUCACAAGUGCAACAUUAACUGCCCCCCCCCCCCCUCCCCCCAGGAUAUCUACUGACAGUCAAACCCUCCCUCUGACAGAAUGGACUGUUGGCAAGGUCUCAUAAGGACUCGGAGCGUACACGUCCUUCCUUCAACACUCAUACCAAAUCAUGUACUACUUAAAUUUCAGUAAUGGAGUAAAUCCUAUGCAUCUCUCAUUGUGCAAUAUGUAGAGUCGUCUGUGAUGCAGCAGUGCCAUCUGUCGUGAAAACCCUGUAAUUGCCAUCCAGUACUAGUGCUUCUUCAAAACCUUUGAUC